UAAGGGAUCCUUUAUUCAGGCUCCAGCGGUGAAAUCCACAUCCUCUCACCUCCAUCAUGCCGGGCUGCAGAGUGAGAGUGGACCUCAUCCUCAUCGUCCUCUGCCUCCACACGCAGUUCAUCAGUGGCCAGGAGGGGGUCCAGACAGAGCAGCCCAAGCCUGUAAUCCACAGGCUCAAGCGUCUGGAUGAGCAGUUCCGCCGGUUCCAGGAGGUCACUCUCGUGCGCCUCAGUGACAUCGCCGCCAACUACAACAUCUCCUACAACAUAGACACGCGCUUCCAGGAGCUGAUGGCACAGUACCAAAGCAUCUCCGACAUCCUGAAGGAGUUCCAGACCAUGACAGCCAAUGACCUGAAGAGUCUGAAAUUCUGGAUGACAAAGUUGCAGAAGAAGACCAAAAAGAUGGAGGUGAAGGUCAUAGCUCUGGAGAGAGCUGUGAAUGAGAACGGCAAGGUCGUGAGGAAGGAGAGCCAGAAGGUCAUGUUGUCCAACCUCACCCAGGAGCUCCAAGUCCACAAGGAACAGAUGAGCAUGAUCUCAGCUCAUAGUGGACAGCUCCAGAGCAGUUUGAGGACCCUGAGGGACUCCAUAAGGAAACAAGAGAAGAAGAUCUCCAGGCUGGAGAAACGGCUGUGGGACAUGUUUCAGGCCAUGGGCUUCCAUCACUUCGAUUCUGGCUACAUCCCCCCAGCUACACCCGCUCGGCGGGAAGAGGAUCCCAGGAGCCCCCACCCCAUUGAGAAGCUCCUGGCCCAACACUCCAAAGCCCGGAAGUCCAAGGUUGACCAGGGGCCGCUCACAGCCAUGCCAGAAGCUGCAGCCCAGGAAGAACCAGAGCUACGGGACGUGCUGCAACUGCCUCUAAGGCACAGAAUCCCACAUCAGCAGCACACAUCCGGGAAACCAGGCAAUAUAUGCAACGUGAAGUCCAUGCUACUGUUCCCCUCUGCCUCGGUCCAGAACUACGUCACCUUCAGAAAGGGCAUCCCCUUCGGGAUCCACGAGCUGUCCAUGUGCACCUGGCUGAAGCUGAGCGCUCCCUAUGUGGGAACCCUGCUCUCCUACGCCACUGAGGACAACGACAACAAGCUGAUUCUCUAUGGGCGCAACUCCAGCCAGCCCAACAGCAUGGACUUCGUCAUCGGCGACCCGUCGUAUCGCCAGCUGCCCACGGCGAGCCUCCUGGGUGGGGACUGGCACCACCUCUGCGUCAUCUGGUCCGCCGCCGAGGGCCGGUUCUGGCAGUACGUGGACCGGCGUCUCACCUCGGCCGGCUCCAGGUUCCAGAAGGGCUACGAGAUCCCACCGGGGGGGUCACUGGUGAUGGGCCAGGAACAGGAUUCAGUGGGCGGGGAUUUCGAUGCGGCCGAGGCCUUCGUGGGUCGGGUGGCCGGCUUUGCCCUGUGGGACCGGGUGCUGAAUCCUGGUGAAGUUUCUGCAGUCACCACGGGGAGGUCUCUACCCAGAGAACCCAUUCUCACCAUGGACGAUGUGGACCAGCUCAAUGGCUCUGUGCAGCUGGUGGACUGUGCCUGUCUGGAACACUGUACUUAGAACCCAAUUUGUCUUCUGAGGGUACUUUAACAUCUAGCCAGCCUGGAAGACCACAAACUAUCCAAAUGCUUGAGCCACAUGCAUGCUGUCCAUUGCACACAUGUUGGGGCAUAUUUAAGAAACUCACGGAACCUUGUGUAUCUAAAGGCAUAUGCACUGUUCUUGAUAGGAACCUUAUAUGGAAAUCUGUUCAAGAACAAAUAUAAUAGCAGUAUGUAAACACUGUUCGUUUCUUUGUUGUUUAGCAUCAUAUUUCUUAUUUCAUUCUCUUUAUUACAAUCAAGCAAAUUUUUUUCACUGUUUGCAUUUCAUCGAGGUGUACUAAACACAAGCCCUGUGUUUUGAUUCCAGAUAGGUGGUGCUAAUGUUGUUUAAAAUCCUUUAACGCAGUGUUUCUUCCUCAGGGACCCCCGGACGGUCCCUGCCAGACAGCUGGGAGGGAGCAAAAAACGUGGACUAUCUGGGGUUUCCGGGGACCGGUUUGAGACACACUGUAUUAAAGUUACAGAUGUUAUCAAUUAUGUCGUUCAAGUUUGUGGAACUAUGAAUACGACAUUUCUGAGCGAUAUCUGUCAUUUCAACAUGGAAAUUCUAAAUAAAAGUUUUUUUCUUGAGUGAAA